AUGGCACGAGUGGGAGGCGCGGUGACGGUGACCAUCCCGCAGGGCACGCUCAGGGGCCGCAAGGCCAAGACGCCCUCUGGCCGGCCCUACAGCGCAUUCCAGGCCAUCCCGUACGCGCUGCCACCCGUCGGCCCCCUCAGGUUCAAGUCUCCAGAACCACCAGAAAAAUGGAGUGGGAUACGAAAUGCCACAAUAGAACCUAACGUGGCCCCUCAAAUCGACUCAUUUUUUACUAAUCAGUACAAAGGAGAUGAGGACUGCCUGUAUCUAAAUGUGUACACACCUAAGCUUCCGACAGGAGCCAAUACCAAGCUGAUCCCAGUCAUGGUGUGGAUUCAUGGAGGUGGGUUUCAGUUGGGCUCUGGAAACACCUAUUUUUACGGACCUGAACACCUGCUGGAACACGAUGUUGUGCUGGUGACGCUCAAUUACCGCGUGGGAGUACUAGGUUUCUUAUCAACUGGAGAUGAGGUCAUCCCAGGGAAUGCUGGUCUCAAAGAUCAAGUGAUGGCCCUAAAAUGGGUCAAGAGUAACAUAGCCAACUUUGGUGGAGACCCACAGAACGUCACAAUAUUUGGCGAGAGCGCUGGCGGGAUGUGCUGUCAUUUGUUACAAAUCUCUCCUGCAGCUAAAGGUUUGUUCCACAAGGUUAUCUGUCAAAGCGGCGUGGCGUCUUUGGAACUGGUGUCGGCUCCUAUUAAGGACAGGACGUUUCGCCUGGCACAGUCCCUCGGCUUCACGGGAGACAGUUCAGAGGAACUACUGGCCUUCAUGAGAGGCCAACCAGCGCAGAAGCUCGUCGAGAAUGCACUAAACUGCCUGACCAAAGAGGAAAAGCAGAGAAUGCAGUCGCUGGUACCUUUUGCGCCAACCAUAGAACCGGACAGCGUGAAGGACGCAAUCAUCACACGGAGUCCUAUGGAAAUCUUGAAGAGUGGCAUGUUCAACAAAGUGCCCACCAUCUUAGGUGUCUGUUCUCGUGAAGGAAUAAUGUUCAUUGGAGGAAAGACUUUUUAA